AUGGCAGACGGCGUAGACAUCGAUUUGUACGAUAAUAUUGAAGAUGAGUUUAGCCAGGAUGCAGAUUUUGGUGGAGGUGGAGACUUAUAUGAUGAUGUUAUUGCAGCUUCAUCAUCACGAUCCAAUGCUGAGCCUAUUGAUAGAUCAUCAAGUGGCAAAAUAUUGUCGAGAUCAAACAGCUCCUCUCUUUCCUCGCCUGUUUUAUCUGCACACGGAGCUGGCAAGAAGCAUAUGCUGUACAUUGGCAACCUCACCUGGUGGACAACAGACCAAGACCUAGUAGAUGCGAUGAAUUCUAUCGGAGUGCAUGAUCUGGUUGACAUCAAAUUCUAUGAGAAUAGAGCCAAUGGACAAUCGAAAGGCUUUGCUCUCAUCAUUGUGGGCUCGGAGCAGUCGUCACGCCUCAUCUUUGACCGCUUGCCCAGGAAAGAGUUGCAUGGGCAGAUUCCUCAGGUCAGCCACUUCACAAAGCAAGCACUUAACCAGUUUGAGGCUCAGGCUCGUAAAACUGGCGGAGGUGGUGGUGGAGGAGGACCAGAGCCUUCAGAUCGUAGAGACGACAGGCUUCCGCCAGGCAGAGAUAAUCCUCCAAACGGAAACUUCAUUAAUGACAAACGAGGACUUCCUCCACCAGUUACAUCGCCAGUAAGUCAGGGAUUCCCACCACCGCGUCUGAGUGGACCCCCACUUACUAGACCUGGGGUCCCACCAAUACCUGGGCCACCUCCUCGAGUGACCGGUCCAGUGAACUUUGCUCAGUUAGUGAGAGCAUGUACUGACUACUUAACUGCAGCACCUCCGGGCACAUUAGCUCCUGUACAAGGCCCCCCGCCUGGAAUACCACCAUUACCUCCUCGACCAGGCCAGGUUGGUCCUCCAGGUAAUAGGGGCCCUUCGCCACGUCUGGAGCCACCUCGGUUAGGUGCCCCACCACCUCAUACUCAUAUUAGAGGCCCACUUCCGAUAGAUACCAGAGCUCCACCACCAUUGAGACCGGAGUGGGAGCAGCGCCCACCUAACUCUAUGAGGCCCCCCAUGCCAGGAGGGCUCCCACUGGCCCAGGAUUUUCCCCGUGGCCCACACCCUGGACCGAUAGGUUUGUUAUUCUCAUAUGUAUAG